UGCCUCGGCAAUUGCUGUUAUUCAUCUGCACACGUCGGUCAAGUCGAGUUCAGCGAUUCAACUUUACUGCAUCCCGUACCCAAGGCGAUUCACACUGCACCGCACGAUGGCUUUUCAUGUGCUUUUCGCUACCACAGUUCUGUGUCUAACAGCACUGUUCAUUUCUGGUGACUAUUGUUAUUGUUGUUUGUUUUCAGCAUACCAAAAAUGUGCCAACGACCCUACGUGCGCCAAACAGUCAGUAAUAAGUUACAUGCACAGAUUCGCUCAGGACUGCAACAACGACGGAGUCAUUGAUUGCUACGAUUUCGCAGCCAUCCACAAGCUUGGAGGUUUCGGAUGCAAAGGAAACCUGCCCCAUGAUUUCAAAACACGAUUCUUGUCUUGUCAAAAUACUGUUAAAAAUCUAUCGGGAUAGGCUGUCGUCAC